CCUCAUGCCCUGUGCACUCCUCUGGCUGUGUGUUACUGAGCUCUAUCUCUCUCCAGGCCUUCAUUCACUCAUCUGCUCACUCUCUUACAGCAACCAUGAGUAUGAGAACAAGCUAUAGCGUGCGUUCCUCCACCUCCCAGGUGCCGGUGUCCCAGAUGUCCCAGAUGUCCAUCAAGCGUACCACCAACGUGCCAACUUACCGGGCUGCGAGCAUCUACGGUGGCGCCGGAGGUCAAGGAACCCGUAUCUCCUCUGCUUCCUACUCAGGUGUCCGCAGUGGAAUGGGAGUUCCCUCAAUGUCCAGCUCCAUCCACGUGAGUGCCACCGGAGCCACAGGUGAGAUCAUGGGCAAUGAGAAGAUGGCCAUGCAGAACUUGAAUGACCGUCUGGCCUCCUACCUGGAGAAAGUGAGGUUCCUGGAGCAGGCCAACAGCAAGCUGGAAGUGAAGAUCCGCGAGGCCCUGGAGAAGAGAGGUCCUGAUGUCCACGACUACAGCCGUUUCCAGCCCAUCGUCGAUGAGCUGCGCAAGAAGAUCUUCGAUGCCACCACAAAUAAUGCCCGUCUAGUGCUCCAGAUUGAUAACGCCCGUCUGGCAGCCGAUGACUUCAGAGUCAAGUAUGAAUCCGAGCUGUCCAUCCGCCAAGGUGUUGAGGCCGACAUUGCCGGCUUGAGAAAGGUCAUUGAUGACACCAACCUGAACCGCAUGAACCUUGAAAGCGAGAUUGAGGCCCUCAAGGAAGAGCUCAUCUUCCUCAAGAAGAACCAUGACAAUGAGGUAAUGGAGCUUCGUAACCAGAUCUCCCAGUCAGGAGUGCAGGUGGAUGUUGAUGCUCCUAAGGGUCAGGAUAUUGCCCUGAUCAUGGAGGAGAUGAGAGCCAAGUACGAGAAGAUGGCCCUGAAGAACCAGGAGGAGUUGAAGGCCUGGCACGAAUCUCAGAUCACAGAGAUUCAGGUACAGGUCACACAGAACACAGAAGCCCUCCAGGGUGCUCGUACAGAAGUCAACGAACUUCGCAGACAAAUUCAGACAUUGGAGAUCGAGUUGGAGUCACAGAGGAACCUGAAAGGAUCCCUGGAGGCCACGCUGAGGGAUACAGAAAUGCGUUACAACAUGGAGAUCGAGAGUCUCAACACCAUCGUCAUGCAACUGGAGUCUGAGCUCACAAAACUGCGCAACAACAUCCAACACCAGACGCAGGAGUACGAGGCUCUGCUGAACAUCAAGAUGAAGCUGGAGGCAGAAAUUGCCACCUACAGGAGGCUUCUCGACGGUGGAGACUUCAAGCUCCAGGAUGCUCUUGACGAGCAAAAGAAGGUUAAAGUGAUGACGGUCACGCAGACGCUGGUGGAUGGGAAAGUGGUGUCUUCAAGCACAGAGACCAAAGAGAGGAAUCUCUGAACAUCAAAUUUCAGAUCAACCUCCACAACACAUCAGAAAAACCUUAUGGGCCAAUGUUAAAAUGAUCUAAAGACAGGUUGGACUUAACACAUUAGAUAUUUAUUUAGUCCGAAGUGCCUUAUUGUAAGGGUCUCAGAGCACAUAUGCAAUGAGAUUUAACUAGAACAUUUCAACACUAAUUUAAAACAACAAAUGUAACACUUUAAUGACUAUUGCCAAAAAAAAGACUGAAAGUCAAAGAACACUAUUGAAACUUUAUUACAUAUUUUUGUAACGAUGAUGAUUGUUUACGCCGAAUCAUUGAUUGUCCCAUUUUGUUUCUAUGUUGUGUUGUUGUCAUCAUGUCUCGUCUUUUCCAAUAAAAGAUGACACUUUUAUCAAA